AUGGCACCCAGCAAUUUUCGCCUGGGCGGCAUGCUCAUCCUCCUCAGCCACGCUCUUAUUCCAAUUAUUGCAGAUACGACGACAAGCACAAGCACCCACAAGCUGCCGCUGCCGCUGCCUGUGCCUAUCCCGACUACAAGCAUCUCCACGACUGUCAUCCCGGUGCCCUCUAUACCCCAUCCGACACUACCAAAACCGGUGCCUUCUGGAACCACGGUGGUACCCCCUAUACCCCAUCCAACACUACCAAUACCGGUCCCUUCUGGAACCACGGUGCCCCAUCCAACAAUAACAAUACCGGUCCCCUCUGGAACCACGGUACCUCAUCCGACAUUGCCAAUACCAGUGCCUUCUGGAACCACAGUAGUGCCGACUGUGCCCCAUCCGACACUACCAAUACCGGUCCCCUCUGGAACAACGGUGGUACCCUCUGUGCCCCAUCCGACACUACCAAUACCGGUCCCCUCUGGAACCACGGUGGUACCAUCUAUACCCCUUCCGACAUUGCCAAAACCAGUGCCUUCUGGAACCACGGUGAUACCAUCUGUACCCCUUCCGACAUUGCCACAACCAGUGCCUUCUGGAACCACGGUGGUGCCCUCUGUACCCAUUCCGACAUUGCCAACCAUCCCUGUUCCAACAGUCACUGCAACAUUGACGACCACAGCAAGCUUCAGCUCGUCAUCUGUACUCGUGGUAACGGCAUGGGCAACUGUCACAAAGAUUAAAUAUACCACAGUCACCGAGGACUGUGGGCCUCCUACAGCCUUCCCUCCAGCCGUUCCCGUGGGAUGCUACAACGAGGGGCCAAGAGGUCGAGCCCUGCCAGAUUUCUUCUUUGAAGACGACCUCCUGAUGACCAUCGAUAAAUGCGUAGGGCUAUGCUCUAACUACACGUUCAUCGGACUGGAAUAUGGCUCGCAAUGCUGGUGCAGUGACUCGAUACAUCAUGGGGCUUUCCCCGUCGAUCAUGCGCAGUGCGACAUGGUGUGUGCCGGCAAUGCGCAGCAGAUCUGUGGCGGCGACAGCACGCUCUCGCUUUUCCUCCCUCCACCGCCGCCCCCCAAGGCCCCGAAGAACAAAAUCACCUACACACCAGCCGGAUGUUAUGCAGAGCCUAGUGAUGGCUCACGCGCACUCAAGAAGUCCAGGACAGCGACGGCGGACAUGAGGGCCGAGUCGUGCUUCAACAUUUGUGGCCUGAGCGGCUACCUAUAUGCCGGGCUGGAGUACGGCGACGAGUGCUGGUGUGGCAACCGGGUGUCGUCGAAGGCAACCGCAGUGGACGCUUCACUUUGCAACAUGAGAUGCGUGGGUGACGCGACACAGACAUGUGGCGGGUCUGAGGUCCUGAACCUCUACAACGGAACGCACGACUCCAGUGCUACGCUCGCAUCAGAUCCACCUCGACGCCAUACAACAAUCUGGGACAGGCUUUUCAACGGGGAGACUUGACGGGAGGGAUGCGGAACGGUAUCGAGGAUCGUGGAUACAUUCGGUGUUCCGGUCCCGGCAGGCUCGCCUCGCG